UGCCAAGAAGCGCUUGCUCACCCUGCUUUAACGGCAGUGGGAAUCUCCCUGUCCUUUUCAGGGGUAAGCCGAAGAAAGGAUUCAUAAACGAACCCCAAUCCUUCUCACCAACCCCAGCCCACACCUCCCAGCAACUGAACUUGAGAAAGAAAAAAAAAAAAACCUGGUUAAAACCACUUCCUAUAUUUGAGACUAGAGAAGAGAGUGGUACGCACAAUUUCCUGGCUGAACAACCCAGGCUAAUACUUAUACAGAGCAAGCAUUGACUGCCCUAGAGGUUGACAGACCAGCAAGGAUGACAACCUGAGAGGACUCACCCUUCAUUCCCCAGCCCCCUGGUGUGAUGCCAACAAGAGUCUGAAAGGAAACCCGGCAUUCAGCAGAGCAGCACUUUCUCUUCCCGGCCCCGGCGUCGGCAGUGGUCCCAGGGGCCAGGAGGAUGGAGCCAAGCUUGCUGAUGUGGAGGUUCUUCGUAUUCAUCGUGGUACCUGGCUGCGUGACAGAGGUUUGUCACGAUGACCCUCCGAGUCUCAGAAACGCCAUGUUCAAGGUCCUCAGGUACAAGGUGGGCACCAUGAUAAACUGCGACUGCAAGACAGGCUUCCGCAGAGUGUCGGUCGUCAUGCGCUGUGCGGGGAACUCCAGCCACUCUGCCUGGGAAAACAGAUGCCUCUGCAACAGCAUCUCCCCUGCCAAGAACCCAGUAAAACAAGUCACUCCUGGACCCAAAGAACAGAAUGAAAGAAAACCCACAGACGUGCAGAGCCAAACGCAGCCCCCGGAGCAAGCUGACCUUCCAGGUCACUGCAAGGAGCCGCCACCAUGGGAACAUGAACGUGAACCUUUAAAGAGAGUCUAUCAUUUCAUCCUGGGGCAGACAGUUCAUUACCAGUGCGCCCAGGGAUUCAGGGCCCUACAGACUGGUUCUGCUGAAAGCACCUGCACGUUGAUCAACGGGGAGAUAAAGUGGACCAGGCCCAGGCUCAAGUGCAUAAGUGAAGGGGCGAACGGUCAGGUUCCAGAUGACAUAGAGCCUUGGGAGAGCACGGAAGCUCCCCCUGGGAGUGGACCUUUCUUAACAACCAGGACGGCAGGGACCACAGAUUUCCAGAAGCCCACAGAAGAGGUUGCAACGUUGGAUACAUUCAUAUUUACCACUGAGUAUCAGAUCGCAGUGGCCGGCUGCAUUCUCCUGCUCGCCAGUGUCCUCCUCCUGAGCUGCCUCACCUGGCGGCGGAGAUGGAAGAAGAACAGAAGGACAAUCUAGAAAACCAAGGGCCGGAAGAAGUCAAGAACAGCCCACAGAUGUCAUGGAUCACAAUCAAAAUCAAAGAAGCUAAACACUCAUCCAAGAGGCAUCUCCUGAUCCGGUGGGCUCUGGAAAGCUCUGAAGUCACAUAGCAGAACACCGGGCAACUGCAACCCCAUCGUGAAGCCAAUUCUGUAGCAUCAACCCUUGAGGUUGACCUGUGUCUAGGCAGCAAGUCCAAGGUUGCUGGAGGAAUGGAGAAGGACAACCAGAACUCUUGGUCCUGUUUUCAUGUAUAUGUGUUCACCAGACCACAAAUAGCAUGGAGCUUUCUCCACACCAUGUAGAGUAUAAAGAAGAGUAGCUUCAUGCUAAGAGCAUCCCAACUUCCCAGGUUAGAAAUCCCAAGGGAAGCCCUAGCACUGAUGUAAAUAGACACACACGCUCUCUGCAUCCACAUAAGUCCUUUCCCAGCCUCUGGUUGACCAGCCCACUCUCCUGCUCAUAUGCCCCCCAAAUGAAGACUUUUGACCUUAGCCCAGUCCUCCAAGCUAGCCCCCUCUACUGAAUCUUCCAGUUCGAGUUUCUAAAGAACAGAUUCCCUGGGGGAGCAGUCUUUAGGUGACUGCAGAAGACAGCAAGCAAACCCAUGGAACUGUCAAGCUUCAGAGUUUGAAGGGAUUUCACUGGAGUUAAUGCUGGGAGAAGGGGGAGAAGCUGGGUCCCAGGUAGUGGGUUAUCCUUGACAUGUAGCUUCAGCUGUUUGUGACUGGCUGUUCUAAGAGCGUUUUCUCUGGGAUUGCUAUAAAUGAUGCUCUCGGCUGCCACAAAUUUGAUGUUUACAGGCGGACACACAGUGUGCAAACGUGUACAUUUGCAAAGAGGUGUCAUAAAAACACUGGUAAGGGAGCAGUACAUUCAAUGUUUAUGGGAGGAAAGAAAGAAAGAAGGAUGGGGGCAGGGGAGCGCAUGUCAUUAUGGACGAGGUCACAUCAGUGACCCUCACACUGUGAGCAAAUUAAAAUUGCCUGGAGACCUUGGUGAGACCCGGAAGCCUGGGCCCGUCUUCAAAGUUUCUGAGUCAGCAGGUCUGGGGUGGGGCCCGAGAAUCCACAUGUCUAACAGGUUACAGGUGAUGCUGACGAUGCUAGUCCGGGGACCACACUUUGAGAACCACAGGGUUUACACUUCUCCACACCAGCCAACCCUCAACCCCCAAUGGAAAAGCCAACUUUGGGGGCCGAGAUUUCCGUGCAAGUUCAGACUCUUGCCCAAGAUAUCAAUUCUCAACCAGUUGACAGAUGUCCUGGCUGAACGAAAUCACAUGAUGAAGGAGAUCAAUGAAAAAUUUAAAUCAGCCAGUUUUCAUUUCUGAGAGGGCAGGGAAGUAUUACCAGAAAAUGUGCAGGUGUCAGCAGGUCUAUAUCUAGGUUAAAAAGUGGUUUUCUGUCCUUUCUGUGACCAACCAAGUACAAUCAGAUUCCAUUGUCAGCAUUCCCCAACAUGUAUGUUUUCUGGGAAACUAAGGUUAAGACCUGGAAUUUCAGACCAGAAAAAAAUAUAUGUUUUUAACCUUAUUUAUCUGACUUGAGUAAAACUGGAUUAUCAUUAUUCAUUCUGGGGGAGAGAAGUCUGUGAGAUCAAAAUUUUUUCAUAAUACAGGUGACUCUUGAAGAGCUUGGGUUUGAACCACGCAGGUCUGCUUACAUGUGGAUUUUUGUCCACAGUAAAUCCUGCAGGGCUAUUCAAUCCAAGAUUGGUUGAAUCUGUAGAUGCAGAACCAGGGAUAUGUAGAAACCAUGGGUAUGAGGAACCAACUAUAACAUGUGGAUUUUUUACUGCACAGAGGGUCAUUGCUCCCAACUCCUGGGUUGUUCAAGGGUCAACUGUGAGUAAGAUGUGAUUUGCCUUUUCCACUCUCACUCCCUUACAAGUGCAUGGUGGAGUUUUCCGGAAGCUACAUAAUGUGCAAUGAUGUCAUUGCUCUCGUGUUAACAUAUAAUGAGUUUAUUACUAUUGUUUAUGGAAGAAUUGAUAAAUAAUAUUUUUAAAAUUUCUUGGUUUUAGCAUAUAAGUAUGGUAAGUAUCACUAGAUGUAACUGUAUAAACAAAAAGUUUUGGGAGCCUUCAAUACUUUUAAUAACAUACAGAGGUCGUUCUGACAGACCGUUAACAAACACAUUAUCACUGGUCCUUUCAGCAAGGCAAAUCAGGUGUAUAUGUGUACACACACAUGCGCAUGCACACACCUGUGUGCAAUGGAAUAUUACUCAGCCAUAAAAAUAAUGACAUAAUGCCAUUUUCAGCAACAUGGGUAGACCUAGAGAUGAUCAUACUAAGUGAAGUAAGUCAGACUGAGAGACAAAUAUUGUACGAUAUCACUCAUACGUGGAGUCUAAAAAGAUACAAGUGAUCUUAUUAACAAAACAGUAUGUUUUGACAUAUUGUUUUCUAUAAUAGACAUAGAAAACAAACGUAUGGUUACCAAAGAGGAAGUGGGGAGGGAUAAAUUAGGAGUUAGGGAUUAACAUAUAAAUACUACUAUAUAGAAAAAUAGAUAAUUAACAAGGACCUACUGUAUGGCGCAGAGAACUCAAAAAUCUUAUAAUAACCUAUAAAGGAAGAGAAUGUAAAAAAUUAACAUUUAUAUAUAUAUAUAUAUACUUGAAAAUAACAGAACAUUGUAAAUCAACUAUAUUUCAAUAAACAUUUUU